UUUUGGUAACGUUUUGGUUAAUAUAGGUUAGGAUUUUCAAUUGAAUAUAAUAAACGAUAAACGAUUAAUAAGAUGUAUGAAUGUGAAGAGGUCGAAUGUGCGGAAUGUGGAGCCGUUUUUCCUGUGGAAGAUUACCAAUAUCACAUGUGCGACACCCCAGCAGCUAACCAUCAAGAAAUUGCUACCAGACAGAUUCCGGAAGAAAUCAAUGUGGCUAAAUUGGCCGAAGCUGUACAAGCACGUCCUGCUCUAUGGGACCAUACACUGCCUCUCAAGGAGAGAGGAAAGGAUAUUAGGGAAAAGAUGUGGAGGGAAGUGUAUGAAGAAAUUGAUAGGAUGAUCCCGCUAGACAUUAUUGAGAAAAAAUGGAAAAAUCUUAAGGAUACUUUCCUUAAACAUUUAAAAACAUAUAAGCCAUCUGGAGGAGGUGUAGAUGAAAAGAAGAAAUGGAAACAUUUUGAAUGUAUGUAUUUCUUGGCAAAUGUAAAUUCUAACAGAAAAACAUUUGGCAACUUUGAAAUGGUGGAAACAGAAGUCGACCUUUCGGCUCCAAGCACCUCAAAAACACCAGACCUUUUGACACCAAAGACCUCAAAAAUCGAGUCGAAAACAGUAAUCAACAGCCCUGACAUCACAACAUCCAGAAACAAGAGACAAAGAAAAAGAGAUCAAAGUGAUCAACUACUGAUGGAAAUUCUACAGCAGCCAGCUCCUACAAGUCAUGCUGCUCCUGCAAUUAGUCCUGCUUUGAUGGCAGUACAGGAAGUGCUCAACAAAAUGCCACAGAGGAUUAGGAUGGAGGCAGAAAUAGAUUUCUUAAACAGAGUUUACCAGCUGUAUGCUGAACAUUCUUAA